AUGUCGACUAUACUUGGGGCCGUUCAACGCCUCACCUCACUCACUCAAAAUGCUGAAAUACAGCGGGCUGUGUUACUAUCUACUUUCACUAUAUCAGGUGGACUCGUCGCCUAUUUCAUCUAUAACUUCAUUUACAAUGUCUUCUUUCAUCCUUACGCCAAAUACCCCGGUCCAUUUUUAGCGAAGUUUACUGAUCUCUAUGCUGGUUAUCAUGCUUGGAAAGGCGAUCUUCAUCUGGAAAUGUGGCGAUUACAUGAGAAAUACGGCGAGAAGGUGCGCUACAGUCCCAACAAGCUCAAUAUCAACAAUGUCACCGCACUCAAGAACAUUUACACGCAAGGCAAGCCGUAUCUGAAGAGCAAGAACUAUGCUGCCAUGGUACAUAAGGCAACAAACACCCUUACUGUACGUGACCGCAAGGACCACGGACGUCGCAGGCGUGUCAUCCAGCAAGGCCUCUCCGAUGCUACCCUGCGAGCUUUUGAGCCGCAUAUGUAUGAGAUCAUUAACCGAUUCUGCGACCGUCUUAUUCAGACUGCCGAAGAAGAGAAAGCGCUCGAGUCCCAGGGUUUGUCCACCGAGACUGCGUACAAGCAGCACACAUGGAAGGAAGUAAGGAACAUGUCUGAAUGGUGCGGCUAUCUCGCCUUCGACCUCAUGGCCACUUUCAUCUUUAGCGGCAAAUACAACAUGCUUGAGAGGGAGCAAUACCGCUACGUCGUAAAGUGCAUCGAGGAAUCCAACAUUCGUGUAGCCACCAUCCUCCAGGCACCCAGUCUCAAAAACUUCCGCCUCGACAAGCUUCUUUUUCCCAAGGGUAUCAUUGCCCGAAACAUGUUCCUAAACUUCGUCGGCAAACUACUUAGAGAUACCAAAAAGGUCGACCGCAGCCAGCGCAAGGAUCUCUUUGAGAUGCUUUCCCACGCUAAGGAUCCCGAAAGUGGGAAGGGGUUCAGCCCCAAUGAAAUUAUCGCUGAGAGUGUUACUCUCGUAGUUGCAGGAGCUGAUACGACCGCCACCGCCAUGGCUGCCAUAUUCUUCUACUUGAGCCGCAACCCUAACGCUUAUGCUCGUGCAGCUGAAGAAGUCCGCUCCACUUUUAGCAGCGUGGAGGACAUUCAAGGCGGAGCCAAGCUGAACAGCUGUCGAUACCUGCGCGCUUGUAUCGACGAAGCGAUGCGCAUGUCGCCUUCUGUCGGCCAAACCCUGGCACGCGAGGUUCCCGCGGGUGGCGCAACCGUCGAUGGGGAAUUUAUCCCCGCGGGCUGCGAUGUUGGUGUUCCCCUCUACGCGCUUCACCACAAUGAGAAAUACUACCCCGACCCAUUCGACUACAACCCAGAGCGAUGGAUGGUCGAGAAGGAGGGCGCAUCACAGCAAGUUCUCGACCAAUACACCGCAUACAACCCAUUCUCUGUCGGACCAAGAUCUUGCAUGGGCAAGGGAGUAGCCCUCGUCGAGAUGAUGGCCACCUUCGCUGUUGUGAUGUUCCGACUGGACUUCAAGAUCGCAGAUAGUGAUGUAUCCGGGGGAAAACCAGGCGCAGAGUAUGGCAGGCACCGAACCAACGAGUUCCAGCUUAAUGACCACAUCACUGCUUCGAAGAACGGCCCAUCGCUGCGGUUCCGCCCUAGAGUCACCGCGUGA